AUGCAACACGCGCCCAUGCUGGAGUCGAGGUCAGAAGAAGUCAUGAGCAAGACGCACGCUUACCCUGAGCCUUUCGUGGUCCCACCGCGACAAGAACACACCCAUAGCUUCAUCCUGCUUCACGGCCGUGGAAGUAAUGGAGAGAAGUUUGGCGUAGAAUUGCUCAAAACCAGGACCGGUACUUCCAACUCUGAGCCUGCGGACAUGCCUGUCAAAGGAGGAAUAUUACAGCAUGCGUGUCCAGGAACCAAGUUCAUCUUCCCAACCGCUAAAAAGCGGCGCGCCAGAUGGUACAAGCGCGCAUCUAUCAAUCAAUGGUUUGAUGGCGUGCCGAUCGAUGCACAGGAGGAUGGCGUUACCAAGGACCAAGAAGAGUGGCAGCUCGAAGGAUUGAGGGAGUCACGCGCAUUCCUGAAGACGAUCGUUGACCUCGAAGUGAAUGCGGUUGGAGCCGGCAACGUUUUCGUUGGUGGGAUGAGUCAAGGAUGCGCUAUGGCCUUGCAUUUCCUCAUGAGCUACGAAGGCGCUGAUGAGAACGGAAGGGCAUGUUCUGACGUGCCGCAUCUGGGAUGUUUCGUGGGCAUGAGCGGGUGGCUGCCGUUUCAGGACGACAUCAUGAGCGAGCUGGCCCCAAUAGAUCCAGGUGAGGACGAUGAAGACCUCUUUGCGACCUCGGAUGACGAGCAUGACGGCCAGAUAGACAACAUGGGCUUAUUUGAACACGACGCUGAUGGCUCAUCUGAGCGGUCUCCUGCAACCCGGGUCUGCAAUCUCGUUCGAGACAAUAUGGACCUACCGCCGAUCGCAUCCUCCAGUCCUCUCUGCCUCAGCACACCGGUAUUUCUUGGGCAUGGUAGAAGUGACGAAAAAGUCAACAUGGAGAGAGGUGUGCAAGCGGCUGACGCACUCAGGCAGAUGGGAAUGCAGGUCACUUGGAAGGAUUAUGACGAAGGGCAUUGGUACAAGGUCCCUCAGGAGAUCGAAGACAUCGUCCGCUUUCUUGAUGAUCUAUGA